AUGAGGAUUCUUACCGAAGUAGUCGACCGUCUAGCUGUUGAGCAACCAGACGGUCUCUGGGUGAAGGCUGGCGCAUUAGACAAUGGAGUUCUAUCCUGGAGUGACAUUACCUGGUCCCAACUAGCCAGGGCUAUUGACUACAUUUUGCAUUGGAUGGAAGAUCGACAUGGACUCCCAGCAGAAAACGAGACUAUGGGGUAUAUGGGAAUUAGCGAUAUCAGAUAUCCCAUCAUGAUCCUCUCUGCAAUGAAGACGGGGUACAAGAUUCUUCUAGCAUCGCCCCACAACUCUCAAGAUGCUCAAGUGUCUUUGCUCAAAUCAACACGAUGCAAGAAGUUCCUCCACACGCCUGAAUUCGCCCCUCAGAUGCAAGCCUUGGCCGUGCACCAUUCAGAGCUCAGCCCUGUUGAGAUUCCAUCUCUGGAUGAGAUUUUGCAGCCCGAGCCCGUCUCGAAACCGUACUACAACUUCCGCCGUCCUCGAGAGGAUGAUGUUGCACUUAUCCUACACUCUAGCGGGUCAACAGGCCUGCCCAACCCCAUCUUCAUCCGGACCGGAGCCCUGGCGGCCGCUGGUUUGAUCAUAGAGCCACACGCGGAUCGGAAGGUAGCAGACGACGAAGCUUUCUCUGACGAGAUCUGGUCGUGGGUGGAGAAGGCCAAUGCUGGGUGUCCAGCUUAUGCAAAGGUGUGGCACUCCAUGACCAUGGUGGCGACCCCCGAGAAGCCUUUCAAGCGUUCCGCCAAAGGUUCCAUCAUGCGCGAAGCCACCUACGAGCUGUAUGAGUCGGAGAUCGCACAACUAUACAAGCGACAGGACGAGUUCUCGAGCCACGAAUCUGAUAUUAUCGACGGUCCAACCGACCUCGCGAGUAUCAAGUCUGUACUCAGAACGACACUGCGUACGUGUCUAGCAUCGUCUAGCCGGGAAUAUACGGAUAAUGAUGACUUCUUCGUUGGUGGGUUUGAUUCCUUGCGCGUGCUGCAGAUGAGCAAAAUCCUAUCAGGAGUCUUCCGUGUGAAAUUGUCAAGUCAAGAAUUCUGCCCGCCACGGUUGAUAUACAAUAACCCAACCAUAAACCAACUAUCUCAAGCCAUCCAGCAGAGAAUCACCCACAACGACCAUAACGCUAUUAACGUAUCACUAACCUUGAUGUCGAGAGAAGAGAAGAUGUCAGCAAUGAUAUACAAGUACACAAGAUUGCUCCCCGCCGCCCCGGUAACUGGCAUUCCACCCCCAUCUGGAAAAUACAAAGCAAUCCUGACUGGUUCCACGGGCUCCCUCGGUACAUAUCUUCUCCACUAUAUGUUACAAAGCCCAUUAUUUGAACGUAUUUAUUGUUUCAAUCGCUCGGCAGAUGCUGAAUCCAGACAAAGGAAGAGCCUACUUGACCGAGGAUUUGAUGUGGACGACCUAGCCGAAAAGGUUGAUUUCCUCACUACAGACCUAACUCCGGGACGAUUCGGUCUGUCAUCUAGCAAAUACCAGGAACUUCAAGAAAAUGCCAAUGUUUUUCUUCACAAUUCUUGGCCUAUCAACUUCAACAACAGUCUAGAAUCUUUCGAGUCGACCGCUAUCAUCGGGGUACGCCAAUGUAUUGACUUUGCAUUGUCCGCGACGCAUCGUCCUCAUAUCAUGUUUUCUUCUUCUAUUGCCAGUGUCGGGAACCAGCAUAUCAUUCGAGACGAUGGCCCUAUUCCUGAAAUAUUCGAGGACGAUGUCUGUCUUCCACUAAGACGGGGAUACGGGAAAUCCAAGCACGUCGCCAGUUCUAUUUUAUUCCGGGCAGCGAGGAAAUCGGGAUUGAGAGCAACUGUUCUCCGUCUGGGCCAGUUAGGAGGUCCCGUGGAUGGGACUGGAGCUUGGAAUAAAGCUGAAUGGUUGCCGACCUUGAUUGAGACAUCCAAGUCUCUGCAAAAGAUUCCAGCCACCCUUGGAGGCCAGGACGCAGUCGACUGGGUCCCCGUGGAUGUUGCAGCUCAAUCUGUGAUAGAACUCACCUUAUCCCGACUUGAGGACGACUUGACCAAGAAUCAAUUAUUCGACUGCUUUAAUAUUGUCAAUCCGCAGAUUGUCCAGUGGAAUGAUCUGGUGCACACCGUCUCUGAUUUUUAUCACAAGCAGGGAUGUGCCAUGGAGGUAGUCGAAUACAACGACUGGCUUAAUGCAUUGAUGCAAAUCGGCCCAGUCUCCGAAAAUAUUGAUAAAUACCCGGGAAUUAAGCUGACCGGAUUCUAUGUGGAUAUGGGGCAGUUGGAGAACCGGAAGGUACACCUUGCUACAGACCGGUCGGUGCUUAAGAGUAGUAGCUUGGCCAAUCUGCAGCCUCUCGAUGGUCAGCUUGUUGAAAGAUGGCUGGAGCGCUGGGCCUUUUGA